AUGGCUCAGAUCAACUGCACCCAGGUGGCAGAGUUUAUUCUUGUGGGCCUCACAGAUCGCCAAAAGUUAAAGACGCCCCUGUUUGUGAUAUUCUUAUCCAUCUACCUUUUCACAGCAGUAGGAAACCUGGGUCUGAUCCUUGUCAUUAGAGCAGAUGCAAAACUCAACACACCAAUGUACUUCUUCCUCAGCAACCUGGCUGCUGUUGAUUUCUGUUACUCUUCUGUCAUUACACCCAAAAUGCUUGGGAAUUUCUUGCACAAACAAAAUAGUAUCUCCUUCAAUGCAUGUGCUGCUCAAUUGGGCUGUUUCCUGGCCUUCAUGACAGCUGAGUGCCUGCUACUGGCUUCCAUGGCGUAUGAUCGCUAUGUGGCCAUUUGUAACCCUCUCCUCUAUAUGGUGGCAAUGUCCCGAGCAAUCUGCAUUCAGCUUGUAGCUGUCCCCUACAGCUAUAGCUUCUUGGUUGCAUUAUUUCACGCCAUCCUCACCUUCCGCCUCUGCUAUUGUGGCUCCAAUGUCAUCAAUCACUUCUAUUGCGAUGACAUGCCUCUUCUCAGGCUCACUUGCUCAGACACCCACUCCAAACAGCUGUGGAUCUUCGCCUGUGCUGGUAUCAUGUUCAUUUCUUCCCUUCUGAUCGUCUUUGUCUCCUACAUGUUUAUUAUUUCUGCCAUCCUGAGAAUGCGCUCAGCUGAGGGAAGACGCAAGGCUUUCUCCACGUGUGGCUCCCACAUGCUGGCAGUGACCAUAUUCUAUGGGACCCUGAUCUUUAUGUACUUACAGCCCAGCUCAAAUCAUUCUCUUGACACAGAUAAGAUGGCCUCUGUCUUCUACACAGUGAUCAUUCCCAUGUUGAACCCCUUAAUCUACAGCCUCCGGAACAAGGAGGUAAAAGAAGCUCUGAAGAAAGUCAUCAUCAAUAGAAACCAGACUUUUGUCUUGACAAAAUUUAAAAAGUGA